AUGAUCCUCACGGGCCUCCUCCUCUACUCCCGCUCCAUGAUCUCCAUGCUCUUCUUGGGCCGGCUGGGCGACCUCGCCCUUGCCGGCGGCUCAUUAGCGGUGGGCUUCGCCAACAUCACGGGCUAUUCCAUCCUAUCGGGCCUCGCAAUGGGCAUGGAGCCCAUUUGCGGCCAGGCCUUUGGCGCCAAGAGGUACACCCUCCUGGGCCUCACCCUCCAACGGACCGUGCUCCUCCUCCUCCUAACCUCCCUCCCAAUCUCCUUCCUCUGGCUCUACAUGAAACAGAUUCUCCUCUUUUGCGGCCAGGACGAGUCCAUUGCGGCCCAGGCCCAAACUUAUCUCCUCUACUCAAUACCCGAUUUGCUGGCCCAAUCUCUGCUGCAUCCCCUCAGGAUCUACCUCCGGGCCCAAUCCGUGAACCUACCGCUCACCCUCUGCGCCGCCGUCUCCAUUUUACUGCACGUGCCGAUAAACUAUCUCCUCGUGUCGAAACUCAAUCUGGGAAUCGAAGGCGUCGCCUUGAGCGGCGUUUGGACCAAUUUCAACGUCGUCGUUUUGUUGAUUGCGUAUAUAUACUUCUCAGGCGUUUACGAGAAGACGUGGGCCCGCCCGUCCAUGGACUGCUUCAGGGGAUGGAAGUCUCUAUUGGGCCUGGCCGUGCCCAGCUGCAUUUCGGUCUGCCUCGAGUGGUGGUGGUACGAGAUAAUGAUUUUGCUAUGUGGGCUUCUCGUCAGCCCAAAAGCCACGGUGGCCUCGAUGGGAAUACUCAUUCAGACUACAGCCUUGAUUUACAUUUUCCCGUCCUCUUUGAGUUUCGGGGUGUCCACGCGGGUCGGGAACGAGAUCGGAGCCCGAAGGCCCGAGAGGGCGAAACUUGCGGCAUUAGUCGGGCUUGCCGGAAGCUUCGGGCUCGGGCUCUCGGCCCUGUUUUUCGCGGUCUCAGUGAGGAAUGUGUGGGCGGGAAUGUUCACACAGGACAAGGAGAUCAUAGCGCUGACGUCACUAGUUUUGCCGAUAAUUGGGCUUUGCGAGCUGGGGAACUGCCCGCAGACGACGGGCUGCGGGGUGCUGAGAGGGACGGCCCGGCCCAAAGUCGGCGCGAACAUUAACCUAGGCUGUUUUUAUUUGGUGGGGAUGCCGGUGGCGGUGGGCCUGGCCUUUUUUUACAAGAUGGACUUUGAGGGCCUGUGGCUCGGGCUUCUGGCGGCCCAGGCCUCGUGUAUGGUGACGAUGAUGGUGGUCUUGGUCCGGACGGAUUGGGAGUUUGAGGCCCGACGGGCAGAGGAGCUGACCAAAGGAUACGAAAAGGCCGCCAUUGAAGAGGAUAUUGAUCAAAAUCAGAAGCCGGUUAAACAAGGAGAUUGUUUGUGUUAA